UUUAAUUGGGUUUCGAGAGCGCGAGUAGAGUGCCUUCUUUAUUUCAUCUUAUAUGUAUAAUGUAUAUGUAUAAUUUAUAAAUCUGCGUGUCUGUGCCCUGUGUUUUGUGUAUAAUUAAAGAGUUCAACUUCAACUAUUUAAUAAUUAUCAAACUUUAAAAUUCCGGCUGUGAAACAUAAGACUCAUUAAAAUGUCAACUCCACCUCGAGAAACUAUUCAAAAGCAAAUACAGCAGGACUGGGCGAAUAGGGAAUAUAUUGAAGUUAUUACAGGAAGCAUCAAGAAAAUCACGGAUUUCCUCAACUCGUUUGAUAUGUCAUGUAGGUCUCGGCUUGCUACUUUAAAUGAAAAAUUAACAUCAUUAGAGAGGAAGAUUGAUUAUUUAGAAGCAUGUGUGACCAAAGGAGAAACUUUGACAUAAGUGCCACAUAGUGAAAAGAUUGAAAAAGUCAUGAAGUAGCUGAAUUCAGCAUUAAUAGAUUGAUAAUGCUGAAGCUUACAUAAUUUAUUAUUUAACUGAAGUAAUUUAAAUCUUUGAUUUUAUUGAAACUUAGCUUCAUUAAAUGAUUUCUUAUUUUAUUUUCAAGAUUUAAGCUCUACAAUUUAAUUUCAAUGAUAUGACUGCAUAGCCUUAAUUUCUAGAAAUCCACCUGAGAUAUAUGAGAGAGUGGUUUGUAGUUAUGAAUUCUUAUUACUGACUUUUAAGCAAUUUAUUGCUGAAUAGUACAGUCUUACUAAGCUUUCAAUAAAAAUUGACUGGUGUAACCAUGUCAUCAAUAAAAAAUCAUAUAUGACAAUAUUUUUUUUCUGAUACAUCUUAAUAUCAUCAUAAAUAGUUUUUGCUUUUGUUUUAUGCUGCAAUAUGCAUAGAGCUGUAUUUUUACUUGCCAUUGUAUAAUUUAACAUACAGUAUACAAUCUGUAAUGACCAAACUAGUAUGUUAAAAAUGUAAAACUGCAACUAUCAAAUUUAAUACCGUUGUUAAUUUUCUGGGCUGAGACCUAGUGUAAACUACAAGUUUCAAAGGUUAGUCCUAAAUGAACAACUUUGAGUGUAAUAAAUAUUAUUUAAUUAGUUAUGUUAAGUUUGUACAUUUAUAUUUAAAAUGUCUCUUAUCUUAUGUAAAUUAUAAAUAAAGAUGAUUCUUGUCUUGUA